UGUAAGCACUGGUUUUUAUUUGUUGUCGACCUGCAAAACCGUCAAUUUGUAUUUAUGGAUUCCUUGUUCCAUAAGAAGUCUCGUUAUCAAGUUGUGGUCAGCGAGAUGCUUGUUGGUAAUUUCCAACAUUUGUGGAAGGAGAUAGUUGAUCCAGAGUAUAUCUUCGAUAAUUUCAGAAUUGUCUAUCCUGAUAUGCCAAGACAAGGAAACGGGAAUGAUUGCGGUGUCUUUGUGAUGAAAUGUAUGGAAAUCUGGACUCCUAGAGUUGUUCUUCAUGAUUAUUUCUCAAGAGUCAACAUUCCAAAUAUACGGAUACAAUAUGCGAAUCAGCUGUUCUUCAGUUCUAAGAAUACCGCUGAUAAGUCUCUGGUAACACAUUUCCUUCGAGAGGGCAAAUUUCAUCGUGUCAGAAAGAGUGUAACUUCAGAGUCCAACGCGUAUCGGUAACCAGGACAGAGGAGAAAUAGAUAUUGUUUCAUAGACGAAUGUGUCUCAGUAAACAGGACAUAGGAGAAAUAGAUACUGUACUAGGACCAUGCCCGCUUGUUGCCGCAGAAAAUUGUGAUUACGUUUUCAUUGAUGGUUUUAGCCAAAUUAGUUGUAUGUCAUC